AUGCCUCUAAGUCAUCAUUGGAAUGGAACAAGAAGGAAAAUCAAUCAUCUAGACUAUUUAUCACAGAAGAUUUAUUUAAUUGAAUAUCCAAAUGCUGAUAAUCUGAUCACUGAAGCUCAACUGAUGUUACGAUUGAGCUUAAAAAUUAAUUGUUAUUUUAUGAACAAGCAUUCUUGUUUUGAUUUGACUGCGAUUAUUCCUUAUUCUGCAUGCAUCAAGAUUGUGCGCAAAAUCAUACAAACCACAAAGUAG